GUAUCGCAGAUAACACCCACGUGAGCUGUGUCCUCGGAAAUCUGGACUGGUGUGGACUCUCCAAGACAAACUGGCCGACAGUGAAUGCCGCCGUGAGCAGCCCUGCAGCCUCUCUGCUUUCACCUCCCGACGAGCGCCACCUCACGAUGACUCCUGCCACCAAUCUCAGCACCGGCGGCGCUCCGGAGGAGAAGCCCUGCAUCGUCAACGACCAGAUGGGACCCUUCACAGUUGUCUACAUCCUCAUCUUCAUCAUCAGUCUGCCUGGAAAUCUGGUGUCAGUGUGGGCCUUCAUCCGCAGCCCCAGAGCCAAGCAGAAGAGCGCCAGCAUCUACCUGAUUAACCUGCUGGUGGCCGACCUGCUGCUCCUGCUCGCGCUGCCCUUUAAGAUCAUGAAGGACCUCGGGGUGGCGCCGUGGAACCUCAUGGUGUUCCACUGCCAGGCCAGCGCCGUCACCAUCUACAUCAGCCUCUACGCAUCCAUCGCCUUCCUCGCCUUCAUCAUCACGGACCGCUACCUGCAGGAAUGCCACACUGUGCGCUCUCUGCGGCUGCAGGAGGUCGGCUUCGCCCGGCUGCUGUCGCUGGUCGUCUGGCUGCUGCUGCUGCUCAUCAUGGUGCCCAACAUGGCCCUGCCAAUAAAACAGGUCACGGAGCAGACCUACCUCAGCUGCUCUUCUCUGAAGGAGGACAUCAGCCUUCACUGGCACGCUCUCACGGUCUUCCUUUGCACGGCGCUCUUCCUCAACGCCUCCGCCGCCACGCUCAUCUCCAGCACCCUGGCUGUCAAAAAGCUCCUGCGCAGCCGCAGCGACCCCAAACUCUGGGCGAACGCCAGGAGGGUGGCGGCAAGCGUGGCGGCUGUGGCGUUGGCCUAUGUAUUCAGCUUCGUCCCCUACCACGUGGUCCGCACGCCGUACACGCUGGCCCAGACCAAACUCAUCACAGACUGUGAAACCAAGAAGCGGCUGUUUCUGGGGAAGGAGUCCACUCUGCUGCUGAGCGUGCUCCACCUCUGCUUCGACCCGCUCAUCUUCUUCUACCUUAACGCCCCGUUCAGACACACCAUCAGAAAGCUGUUUCCCUGCCUCGGAAACCACGCCAUCAGAGACGCAAAGGAGGAGGCGGCAGAGGAAAUGAUGCAGCCGGCGACCUCUGCACAGCAAGAGGCUGCAUGCUAACCACACCGUCUCCUCCAGGAUGGUACUUAGCUUAGCACAAUGACUGGAAACUGUUAGCUUAAAUGCUCUCUUGAAAGACUACAAACAUGGACUAAAGACUUACAGAUGCUCCUCCAUGUGCAACAGGAUUCAACUUGACUUAUUAAACUUAUAGAUUAUUACUCACUGUUCAGUUUUUAUCAGUGUGACUGGUGUUAAUAAAAUGAAGACUAACAGGUGAAAUGAUUAAACUCUGUGAUGCUGUUACAUAGACUGUAACUUUAUAUUAUUAUUGAUUCAUAAAGAUGAAACAAAGAGAACAAACCCGAUUGGUCCUUUUAAGUGCUGUGAGCGUCUGUCACCAGCAGAGGGCAGCAGUAACCAGUGUUCACCACAGUGCUCCUCAACUGAAACACCUUAUAGAACCUUAUGAUAUCCCGCUUGUCUUUUUCAACAGAGGACACAAUU